AUGUCGUGUCAGUUGGCCAGAUCCCUGCAGAUUAUCCGCUUUGAGAAGGAUGAUCACUCCUUCCACCUGGACACCCGGGCUUUGGAGAGCAUUCUGCUGGGGGAGGCAGUCCAGGAUCUGAACGUGGUUCUCCUGGCAGUGGCCGGGGCGUUCCGCAAGGGCAAAUCCUUCCUCCUGGACUUCAUGUUGCGGUUCAUGUACAAACAGAAGUUUGGAUCGACAGUGAACUGGCUCGGCCGGGAUGAUAAACCACUGACCGGGUUUUCCUGGAGGGGAGGGUCUGACCCUGACACCAGUGGGAUCCUCAUCUGGACUGAAGUGUUCAUUGUUCAUAAACCAAAUGGGAAAAAGGUCGCUGUGAUGCUGAUGGACACUCAGGGAGCCUUUGACAGCCAGUCGACGGUGAAAGACUGCGCCACCAUCUUCGCCCUGAGCGCCAUGACCAGCUCUGUGCAGGUAUAUAACUUAACACACAAUAUUCAGGAGGAUGACUUACAGCAUCUCCAGCUCUUCACUGAAUACGGACGUUUGGCUAUGGAUGAGAACUCACUCAAGCCUUUCCAGACUCUGAUGUUUCUGGUCCGGGAUUGGAGCUUUCCUUAUGAGUAUCCGUACGGAUUGGAAGGGGGCAAAGACUUUUUGGAGCGGCGACUCCAGAUCAAACCUCACCAACACGAGGAGCUGCAGUUGGUACGCAAACACAUCCACACCUGCUUCAAUCAUCUCCAGUGUUUCCUCAUGCCCCACCCAGGGCUCAAAGUCGCUACCAACCCUGCCUUCGACGGCAAGCUGAAAGACAUCGACGAUGACUUCAAGACGAACCUGCAGGCUCUGAUCCACUCGCUGCUCAGUCCCGAGAACCUGGUGGAGAAAGAGAUCGGUGGCUCCAAGGUCACCUGCAGGAACCUGCUGGAAUAUUUCAAGGUUUACAUGAAGGUUUUUCAGGGUGACGACCUCCCACAUCCCAAAUCCAUCCUGGAGGCAACAGCUGAAGCCAACAACCAGACGGCGAUUAUGUUAGCCAAGAAUUACUACCAGAAGGCGAUGGAGGGGCUGUGCGGAGGGGACAAGGGUUACCUGUCACCCCGCAGGAUCCGUGAGAGGCACCAGGUCUACCUGGAGGCAGCUGUCGAGAAGUUCCGAGCCACCAAGAAGAUGGGCAGCCGAGCUCUGAUCAUGCAGUCCGAGGACCGGCUGACCAGGGACAUCAGCGAGAUGCUGCUCACCUACCUCAAGUUCAAUCAGAGCAAGAACCUGUUCAGCAUCGUCCGCACGCCCAGCGCCAUGCUGCUGCUCAUCGUCUGCAUGCACGUCCUCUCCGGCUUCCUCGGGCUGCUGGGAUUCGGCUUUCUCUCGGUCAUCUUCAACUUCGUCAUCGGCCUGUGCUCGCUCACCCUCCUGACCUGGUGCUACGUCAAGUACACGGGGCAGAGCCCACUGCUGGGGGAGAUCAUCGACAGCUUCAGCGAGAAGAUCCUCAGCGGGGUGAGCAGACGACGCAGCAUGACUCCCGUCCCCCAGCCGGCGCCUUUCAGGGGGAGGGCGUCCCCCUGGGACAGCCUAGCGACCGGCUAUCCCCAAACCGGUAUCACCAACGCGAUACUGAACCGGUUCACCAGCUCGGAGCAAGUGACCCUCAUCGCCGGCUUGGCCCAAGCUGCCAGGAACUAG